GCAGCCGUGGCUGGGCAGCGGCGCCAUUGGCGGAGCGUGUGUGCGGGCCCGGGAGCGGCGGCAGCGGCCGGAGCGCGGUGAGGCGGCGGCGGAGCUCGGAGGCGGCCGCAGCGCAGGAUUUUUCAUUCCCAGGGCGUGGCAUGAUGGAGGAGGAGGAAAAGCCCCGAAUGUACCUCAUGAAGAGGGGCUGCAAACCGUGCCCAGGGAGCUCUGGGGAGGAAAGAGGCCCCAUGAGCCAGGAAUGCAUCCUGCAAUCCAGCCAGAGCUUGGAGCUGGUGGAGAAGCCUCAUGGCAGGGAGAAGCCACACAGGUGCUUGGAAUGUGGGAAGUGUUUCAGUUGGAGCUCCACCCUGAGGCAGCACCAGGUGAUCCACACUGGGGAGAGGCCCUUUGAGUGUGAGGAGUGUGGGAGGAGUUUCAGCCACAACUCCAUCCUGAUCCAGCACCAGAGGAUCCACACUGGGGAGAAGCCCUUUGAGUGUGGGGAGUGUGGGAAGAGCUUCAGGCAGAGGGGCCAACUGAUACGACACCGGGUGAUCCACACUGGGGAAAAGCCCUUUGAGUGUGGGGAAUGUGGGAUGAGCUUCAACCAGAAGGGCCACCUGACGGAACACCAGAAGAUCCACACUGGGGAAAAGCCCUACAAGUGUGGGGAAUGUGGGAAGAGCUUCAGAGGAAGCUCGGCCCUGAUUCGGCACCAGGUGAUCCACACGGGGGAACGGCCCUACAUCUGCUUGGAAUGUGGGAAGAGCUAUGGGUGGCACUCGGACCUGAGAAAACACCAGCGCAUCCACACCGGGGAGAGGCCCUACGAGUGUCCUGAGUGUGGGAAGAGGUUUCAGAGGAGCUCCGAUCUCCUCAAACAUGAGCGGAUUCACACAGAGGAGAGGCCCUUCCGCUGCUCCGACUGUGGGAAGGGCUUCAAGCAAAACUGCAAACUCACCAUCCACCGGCGCAUCCACACCGGGGAGAGGCCCUACGAGUGUCCUGAGUGUGGGAAGAGCUUCUCACAGAGCUCUCACUUGACAGAACACCAACGGAGGCGCCACUAAGGGAAGCCCUGUGAGUGCCCCAAGUGUGGGAAGAGCUUUGUGCGCAGCUCCAGCUCCAUCCCCCAAGGGAUGAUCCGGGGGGCCA